AUGGCCCGCCAGGAAUUUAGGAAGUUCCUUCCUCUCUUAGACCGAGUGCUGGUUGAGAGGAGAGCAGCUGAAACUGUGACCAAAGGAGGCAUCGUGCUUCCAGAGAAGUCUCAGGGGAAGGUGUUGCAAGCAACGGUGGUGGCUGUCUGCUCUGGCUCCAAAGGAAAGACUGGAGAUAUGCGUGUGAAAGUUGGAGAUAAAGUUCUUCUGUCAGAAUAUGGAGGCGCCAAAGUGGUUCGAGAUGACAAGGGUUAUUUCUUUUUUUGA